CGCAGUUCAAAGUCUGUCGGCCGCGAUUUCGUGUCUCGGUUGGUUUCCGUUCUCAUGGCGUCCGACUCGAUCGCGUUUGUGUCGCAUCCUCAAAGAAGGCCUCGCACAUAGGAGCAAGUCAGAAGACCUUCCCCAGAAGGUGACCGGACGCGUUCUCAGUUGUUCCAGUCAGGCGUUAUCAUUAGCCCUCGCCACUCCGGACGCCAGCUGCGCAUUUUCUUCAGCUAUCUGUACUGCGUCAGAGAUUGUCAUUGCAACCUACCUUGAAACUUGCGCCUCAACUUUGCAAGGAUUAUAAACACGACUACGUCACCAUUCAACUGUCAAAAAAAAUCGUCUAUGAGCUGGGGAUCUCCUAUUUUCAAGGAAGGAGUUGUGGAAGAAACCAUCAGUUUUUAAAUGUUCCCUGUCCUUCACAUUCAUUUGCGAGACUUCAGGGUUUUUUUUUGCCAACGCGUGAAAUGACUGCGCUUUCCAAAUUCAGAUUCUUCUCCUGCAAAUUUUGGACUGAGACGGCUUCAAGGAAAUUUGAGGAAAUAAAUAUCUGAGUACUGUUGUGACUCACCUGGGAACAUACAGCUUUGAAAAGGGGCACUGUAAUAAUGUCAUCCUCCACAGAGGUAACGCUGUCUCAGAACAGCUCCCAGCAGCGGUCUGUCAGUGGUGAUGUACUGAAUGGAAUAGGUAGUAAAGCCUCAACCCCUGAACUGAGCACCGCUGUAUCAGCUUCCAUGGGACUGUUCCUGGAGGAUUCUGAUUUAAAAGUAACAGGAAGUAUGGAAAACCAGCCACUGCUUGUUCCUAGCAAUUUCAGUUCGGGAGAAACUAAUUUCAGUCUUUUGGAUGAGAGUAUUGCAAAACUGAACAGGUCAUCAGGCGACUCAGGGUUAUUAGAGGUUGGAGCUGGCAGCUUUUCCCAAAAAGCAGACGAUUUAAUAGGAAUAGAUAAAAGUGGAUUACCUUUGGAUCCAGAUACCUUUGGGAAAGACUCUGAUUCUAAUCAGAGGAUUUUUGAUGACCAAAAUACCCUUGACAUACUGCAGGACCUUGACUUGCCCAUUUCCCCUAAAACUGAGAUGAAUGGCAGCCCUUGGAACUUAAAUGCUUUUUAUGAAGGGGAUGAUAAUGCUUUGCUCUCUCCACUAGUUGCAGAGGACCCUUUUCUUACAGAUUUACCAGUUGGAAAAGACUGCAAACCUUUUGUGAGCAAUGGCAAUAACAUCACAGGAGUUUCACUUCCCAGUUCAUCAAGUCCAUCUGUGAAAUUAGAGAAAGAUGGCUAUAUUCAUUUGUUCACACCUGGGGUUAUCAAACAAGAGAUGGCCACUACCAGCUACUGCCAAAUAAGCAAUCUGACCCCUGAUAGGUCCAGCCCGCUGAAUUCACCCAUAUCUGUUUGUGGUGUGAGCACUUCAGGGGGGCAGACCUAUCACUUUGGAGUGACCAGUUCAUCAGUGACGAAUUUACAGCAACAGCAAGAUCAGAAGCCUAUUUUUAAAUUAUUACCAUUUUCCACUGUGGCUGAGCCUUGGAAUAGAAGCGAGGAAUACAGGGAUUCCGCCGGAAAUACAGUGGGAAAUCAAGGUUGUUCUGCUGUCUUUGUGAGUGCUGCUGCAAGUUGUGCAUCGUCAACUUCAGGAAAGUCCACGGGUCCAGUCCGCAAGAUUUGUCUUGUCUGCUCUGAUGAAGCAUCUGGUUGUCAUUAUGGUGUCCUUACGUGUGGUAGCUGUAAAGUAUUCUUCAAAAGAGCAGUGGAAGGGCAACAUAAUUAUCUGUGUGCUGGUCGAAAUGAUUGCAUAAUAGACAAAAUUAGAAGGAAGAACUGCCCUGCCUGUCGUUUCCGAAAAUGCUUACAAGCAGGAAUGAAUUUAGAAGCAAGGAAGACUAAAAAGCUGAGCAGAUUAAAGGGGGUUCAGACAAAUGCAGAACAUGUGGCACCACUUCCCAAUGAGCAGCCCCAGCUUCUGGUACCCAAGUCUGUUGCACAGCUGACCCCAAGUAUGUUGUCGCUCCUGAGGGCUAUUGAACCAGAGACUCCAUAUUCAGGAUAUGAUAGUUCUUUACCCGAUUCAUCUUCACGCUUUAUAAAUGCACUGAAUCACCUGGGGGCCAGACAAUUGGUGGCAGCAGUGAAAUGGGCCAAGGCUCUGCCAGGAUUUAAAAGCCUGCACAUUGAUGACCAGAUGGUCUUGCUGCAGUAUUCCUGGUUGUUCCUGGUGUCAUUUAGCCUUGGAUGGCGCUCAUAUCAUCAGUCCAAUGCCAACAGUUUAUACUUUGCGCCUGACCUCAUUUUACAUCAAGAUGGAAUGAACAGCCCCAUAAUGGUUGACCAGUAUAGGCAAAUGCUGAAAAUUGCAAAUGAACUCUUGCGACUCCAGGUCUCACAUGAUGAAUUUCUCUGCAUGAAGGUCCUUCUACUACUUAGUACAGUUCCAAAAGAAGGUCUUAGAAGUCAAAAAAUAUUUGAUGAUCUUCGCAUGACUUACAUAAGGGAACUUGGAAGAGCCAUUGUAAAAAGAGAGGAAAACUCCAGCCAGAACUGGCAGAGAUUUUACCAGCUUACUAAACUCUUGGAUAAUAUGCAUGAAUUGGUAGGCGGUCUCCUGAGUUUCUGCUUCUAUACAUUUUUGAACAAAACCCUUAGUGUGGAGUAUCCAGAGAUGUUAGCUGAAAUAAUCAGCCACCAGAUACCAAAAUUUAAAGCUGGAAAUGUCAAGGCGCUAAUGUUUCAUCAAAAAUGACUGCCUUUCAACGUGUAAAGUUGCCUUAAAUGAUUUAAGUUUGAUAUUCCUCUUGAGGCUCAGCAAAGAAUGUGUUUGCCUUUUUGAACUAAAUAUGCACUACAUGGAGCACCUAAAUGGCCAAUGCAAGAGUGAUGGACAUAAGAAUAACAGCAAAUUUUAAACAUUUGAUAUUUAAUUGUUUUAAAAUUUUACCUAUAAAAUGUAAAUGUUAACUUGUUCAGAAAGGGAUUUUUUAAGGACAUUUUGUAUAGCUCAAAAUAUAAUUUUUUUUUUUUUUUUUGCAUGCACACAGCUAAAAGUUUACAGUUGUAUAUCAGAAAGGGAAAAGUUGUGCCUUUAUUAGCAUUUAAUGUCUAAUCUUAGCUGUUUUGUAGUGAUCACCUGUAUGUAUUUUGCGUACAGAAGAUAUCGCUUGGUCUCCUUUUUGUAAAUGAUUUCUUUUAUUAUUUGUUUUUGUAGUGGUGAUUUUGGUUUUUUUUUUUCCAAAGCUGUUUUUAUUUUUUAUAUAAGCCAUCUUAAGUGUCUCUAAAAUGUACAUUAUUGUAAGUGAACUUUUUGUUACGGAAAUAUAAUAACUCAUUUUAUUCCAUCAUCCUGAAGAGGAGUUUGCUCUGAUCCCUUGCUGAAUAUGAAACAUUAAAUCUGCUUCUGUUCUUAAAAGCCUGAAUUUGGUAAAUUUGAAAGCCAUCAAUCAACAAUGUAACCUAAAGCGGGUCUGUUAUUUCUUAAAAAUGACAGUUGGACAAAAAUACGAUAAAGAAAACAAAUUUACACCCUAGUUCCAUUAUCUCAACCCACAAACAGGGUUACCACCCUUAAAAUGUAAUUGAGGUAAAAUAUAAAGUUCAUACAUUUUAGAAACUACUGUCAUUAAUUAUGAAAUAUAUCCUGUCUUAAAUGACAUGCAGUUUUCUGUGGAAUGGAGUUUAAAAGCUGAGAUUCUGUCACUGCAUACAAACUGUUUACAGUGGAUGUCUUUGGAUUGCGAUUAACAGCCUUGUCCAGCGGUGCUCCUGUGAAUUUCUCCUGGUGUCUCUGUCUUACUGAGCAAAUAAGCUGUGUUGGGUCGAUACGUAAGCGUCAGUCUGUCCCUUGUUUUGCCUGAAAUGGACUUAAAAUCAUUCUGUCUGUGUUGUUGGUUUUAAUUCCGAUUAUAAAUUAAUGUAUGUCCAGUGUUUUUACAUAAUAAAAGUUCUGUAUUAUAAUCAGCUUAAAGAAUACACAUUUUCAGCUUCAGAUAAGGUAUCUAGAAUGCUUAGCCAAUGAUUUAAAAUGUCUAGCAUUUAAAACCAAAGUAUAACCAUUAUCUGAGUCUGUUGGAUUCGAUAUUACAAUUUGAUAAUUACUGCUGUGUCUGCACAAGCAACAGUAUCAAAGUAAAAUUUAAAACAUCGUGGUCAUAAAGACCUCCACAAUACUGCUACAUGAAGCAGGAGGCAGUACAUGUUGUAUAGGGCAGUUUUGCAUGAAGGUUUCAGCAUGUUUAAGAGUGCAAACCUUAGUUUGAUUCUUCUGAUGUUCUUUGCCCACACUGUGACCACUUUCAAGUUCCCAUCUCCUGUGAAAGGCAGUCGAUAUGUGCCAACCACUCUGGUCUGAAUCUGCUAUGGCAGAAGCAUAUCUUCGAUUAAAAAAAAAUUAUUUAAGAUAAAUAGUAACAAGCCAGAGGCAAAAUCUUAAUUUUAAUAAUAAUUAAAUGUAUUAAUAAUUGUAGGAAAAAAGAAAGGAAGUUGUCCCUCCAAAAAAUAAAUAAAGAGAGAGAGAGAGCUCCAGUGAAAGGCAGCCACCUGGCAUCUGAGAAUGUACAGUAUAGCGCACUGUACCAAAUAUAAGAAUGUCUAGAUUUCAGUAAUGUAAUCAAUCAUGUGUAUAUAAAUCUGGCAUUAACACUGAAUGUGUAAUUUUUAUUAUUAUUAUUUUUUUACCAUAGCAUGUUGGAAAAUUCUAAUCAAUAAACAUUUUUUUAUUGUAUGGUUGUUCUUGCUGGCAAAAUAUUUUACAUUAAGCUGAGAAAUGUUAAGAGGUGAUCAAAUAAGGCAAACAGUGAAUACAAGCUUGCAAAUUCUGACCAGCUAACUAAGUAGUGCAGACUCUCAAGAUAUCUUUGUAAAGAUAUUUUCUUCCUCUCAACUUAAAAAGUAAUAAGCUGUAAUGGUUUUAUAGUCCAUUCAUUACACUGCAGGGUUUAAGUUCCCAAAAAGUGGUAAAAAAUCUUAAGGGAUAUUUUCAUUCACAUUGUGCUCCCAUUUUGUGAACUCUGAGUUGUCAUUAGACAUGAGCACAAUCACUGAUAUUUUCCUUGUUAAAUCUUAUUGAUUUACAUUAUUUGAAUUUUAUUUCCUAAAUUAGGCUUAAACCAAAAGUAAUUGCAUGUGUUACACUCCAAAUUUCCCAAGUUAUUGCUCUCAGUGAAACUGUUUUUUGGCUAAUAGUUAUUGCCACCACAUUUGGAGUUAGCACUUUAAAGAAGAAUAUACCAGAACACUCUCUGGUCAAUGUGAAUAUUAUACCAGAUCCAGAAGUCCAUGUAUUCUGUUGUUUGAUGGUGCUACAAUAGAAAAAUUGCUGAAUUAGGAUCCCAGAUAAGAAUCAUUUAUUAAGUAAUUACGCUAUUUAGAUUCCAGUUUCUGUAGCCAACUCUCAUGUCAUUCUGUUUAUAAAAACGAGGCAAAGUCCCUUAAGCAAUGGAGGUGGAUUUACAUGGGCUCAUUUAACAUUUUGUCUUCAUGUCAUUUAGCACAACAGUAAUUGAACAAAUCUCAGGACAUUCUACUUGGACUGCUUCUUUGGAAACUGCACCGCCAGCAAUGGGACAAGUAGAGAUGAAACAGAGAAGCACGCCAUAGAACAGAAGAUGACAUUUCAUGUGUACAUUUCAGCAGAUCAGAGCAUCCAUCCUAUCCACAGGCAGAUGUUUAGUUGCUAUUUCAGUUUGGUAGACUCCUCUGUUGAAAUUUAUGCCUAGGUUCCAAGACUUCGAUUUGAAAUAAUGUAUAAAGCCAGUGAAUUAAUUAUACCAAAGCCAGGGUUGCGUUUUUCCAUCAUAAUUCCCUACAUAAUGCUGUUACAGUUGUGCCAUAGCUUGUUUAUGACUGAGAUUUUGGGAAUGAGAAGUUUUCUGUUAUUUUAAAGUCAGAUUGUGGGGCACUGGCAGUGAGUGUAAACAGUUAAUAUGCUCCUGUUGAAUAUCACUUUGUUCACACCAGCAAAUUAUGUGCAGAAUGUGGUUAUGUACUUCUACAUUUACUUGUCAUCUUGUGUUGUUUCACAACAGGAGGCCCACAGGUUUUAUUUUCCAACUCUUGAAAUCAAAGCUAGAGCCUUCAUAUCAGCCUUUACUUUAAUGGCACCCACAAAACAAAGUCACUUUUACAAGACACUUGACUAAAACAGGUGAUGUGAGAAACUUGAAAGUCCGCCUACUUAUGUAACCCUAAUGAAUAUCCCCCAUAAAAAGCAGACAUCUUCAUCCAAAGCAGGCCUUCACCUGUGCCACAUUAACUUACCAGAAUAUAAAGUGAAUACAAUCUAAAAAACACCCGGCCUCUUCUGGAAAGAAAGUAUGAGCAAAGUUUAAAAGUGGCUGCACAAAAAA